CACCCUACAUAAAAAAUGCAAACCAUACCAUCCACCUUGUGCCCGCUCUCCCUCCUAAUCGCUAUGUCAGACGACGACCACCACAAACGCCGACAUCAUUACGGUGUAAGCAACAAGGCCAUGCUCAUCGCCUUCGGCUCAUUGCUCAUUGUCGUCGGGCUCGUUAUCCUUCUCCAUCUCUACGUUAGACGAGUCGCCCGCCGCCAGGCAAGACGGCGUUUUUUGAUCGGUCACCUGGCCACAGCCGCCCAAAGGGGGACCCCUGAGCCACCCAAGACGGGGCUCGAUCCGUCGGUAAUCGACACCCUCCCAAUUUUCACAUACAAGCGUUCCGACCCACUCAACGAUACCGGCGCCGAGUGUUCAGUCUGCCUGAGUGCAUUAGAGGAAGAAGAGAUUGCUAGAAUUCUACCAAACUGUAAGCACAUGUUCCAUCUACAAUGCAUUGAUAUGUGGUUACACUCUCACUCUACGUGCCCCAUAUGCCGGACUGAUGCAGAACCUCAAGCCCAGGAGGCCACCGCGCCGAUGGUGUUUGUCGCAUCAGCUCCACCGUUGGAUCGCACGAUGUCGAUGGCCUCGGAGGGUCCGUCGGACGCUGUAGGCCAGUCGUCGAAGGGGGGUGAAUCGGGUUCACGGCUGAGCUCGUUUCGGAGAAUUAUCACUAGGGAGAAAUCAGAUAGGAGAAUGCAAUCUUGUGGCCAAGCUGAUGCUGUUGAAGAUAUUGAGAGGCAGUGAAUUCUGGUAUACAUCUACCCUAUUUCAUACACCCCCUCUUUCCUCACCUUGGACUGAUAUGUUACCAUCCAACUACUGCAUAAAUGUCCAUGUUUCAAGUUUGUAAAAAUCCAACUCAUCAGAAAGAAUAUCAGAUUCGGAAAUCAGGUAGGUACACUUAUCAAAGACCACCACACCCUACAAAACCAUGGACAGACAUGGAUUGGAUGAUCAAAGUGCAUGUGUGGCCCACUUGAUAAGUGGAUUGGAAUGAUUUUUACAAUGAAUGAUAUUCAUGAUGGGGCAACAGGCUGGAUUUCAUACAAGCAUACAUGUGAGCAAUUGUGCAUUGAUUGGACUGUAACUUAGUGGUCCAACCAGUUGCAUGUGAGACCUCUUAUUUGUUAUUAUUUUAAAUUUAUACAAGCGGUUCAUGUUAUAAUAGAUUGGUUAUUUGUACUUUCUGUUUGUGUGUAUAUUGGGUUUGAUAGACUAUAUAUUUAUAUAUUUAUGAAUCGCACAGAGAUUUCUAUGGUUA